CCGCCCCGGCAGCGCUGCCUCGGGCCCGACCCGACGCCGCCGCCGCCGCGGCAGCCAUCGCGUCCUCGGCCCGGAGCGUCCCCGCGAGCCUGCCGCUCCCGCGCGCCCCGGGGCCUUCCCCUCAGGCGUGGGAAAAGGACCGGGAGCCCGGCGCGAGGUUAACCUUGCGACCCCUGAGCGCUGCCAGAGCGGCCGCCCUGUCUGUCCCUCGCCGCCGGAGAGAGAAACCUCAGCCCACGUGGCUGGGACCCACGUUAAUUUCACACCGAGUGUUCAUCGGCAUGGCGGGCGAGGCCUCCUCCGCGGCGUGGCUCCUCAAUCUCGGCCUCUUAAAGAGAAUUUCGGGGCCUGCCGACCUCACCCUUCUAGUGAAAUGACGUUUCCUCCUAGCCGCUUUACUUUUUUCCUCUAGCAAAGCCGCCAUCUGAGAAAGAACAAACGCUGACCCGCUUCGGGAAAACAAAAAAACAAAAAACUUUUUUUUUUCCUUAUAACGGGCUGUUUUAUACCAACUUUGGGGUCAUUUUUAAAAAUGGGUUAGGAAACGAGUUGAAAGGAGAAUGCUGACGUUUGUUUUAAAACGCUUCCCUUUCGGCCGGCGUGCUGACACGCCUGAAAUCCCAGCUCAGGAGGCAAAGGAACGGGAAUGAUUGCAAACUCGAGCCCGGCAUGGUCUGCAUACAGUGAGUUCUGGGGAACACGCAGAGAGAGAGACACACACACGAUCUCAAAAUAACUCUUAAAAUGCUUCCUUCCUUUUAAGCACACUGAACGGUAAGAAAGACACUAAGACCGCAGAGUGCGGCUGAGCCCUGACACUGGAGCAAGGUAGAGGGUUCCGCCACCGAGGAGACGGCGCAGUAGGGGUGGAAGUUUCCACGCUAGACCACGAAUCUUGGUCUCCUGCCGCCGCCGCGCUCGGAACCACGGAACGCAGUUUCAGCCGGUUCCGUUUUCCCGCAGGGAGCCCGAGUCCACCCGCAGCCUGCCUUCCUGCGCAGGCGCAGUGCCACUUACCCGGCAUGGACCUGGUGGGUCUCUUGUGUGUGGCCGUGGCUGUCCUCACUUUGGGCUUCCUCCGGCUUUGGAACUCGGUGGAACGAGUGAGAUCUCCGGAGCAGGCGGGCCUGCCGGGAGCCGGAAGCCGGGCCCUUGUAGUGAUCGCGCACCCGGACGACGAAGCCAUGUUCUUUGCUCCCACCUUGCUAGGCUUGGCACGCCUGGAGCAGCAGGUGUCCCUGCUCUGCUUCUCCUCAGGAAAUUACUACAAUCAAGGUGAGACUCGAAAGAAAGAACUUCUGCAGAGCUGUGCUGUUUUGGGGAUCCCACCUUCCCGUGUAACGAUCAUUGACAAGAGGGAGUUUCCGGAUGAUCCAGAAGUGCAGUGGGACACGGAACAUGUGGCCAGCACCCUCCUCCAGCACAUACAUGCCAACGGCACUGACCUGGUGGUGACUUUUGAUGCAGAAGGAGUCAGUGGUCACAGCAACCACAUUGCUUUGUACAAAGCUGUGAGGGCCCUGCACUCAGGAGGGAAGCUGCCUAAAGGGUGCGCUGUACUCACCCUCCAGUCUGUGAACGUGCUUCGGAAGUAUGCCUUCCUCCUGGAUCUGCCCUGGACUCUACUGUCGCCCCGGGAUGUUCUCUUUGUGCUCACCAGCAAAGAAGUGGCACAGGCCAAGAAAGCCAUGUCCUGCCACCACAGUCAGCUCCUCUGGUUCCGCUAUCUCUACAUCCUCUUCUCCAGAUACAUGAGAAUCAACUCGCUGCAGUUCCUCUGAAGCCUUGGAGAGUUGUCAGCCCCUCAGAACAAAAGGGAGAAGCAGAGCCAGAAGUGCCCUGGCCAGGCUUUGGACUGAUUUACCUGCCUGACCCAGGGAAACCCCAGCAAAGCAGCAUCUGCCUAACAGGGACCUCGUAGACAAUGGGUCACCCCAACCCAGCUGCCUCUUCUGGGGCAAACCAAGCCUACACCAACACAAUAAUAGCCACCCCACUAAUUUACCAAUAGUUUGCAUGAUAACAGAGUUUACACCAGACAUCAAGCAAAGUCUAGGAAGGUGGCCUUUACCAUAAAUGAGUGUAAAUGUGCCAUAGAACUAGUUCACAGGUGUGAUGUUUACAUGGCUUCCAGACCAGGCUGUUUUGGUCAGUCUUAUGUUCCUGCAGCUGAAACACCACUCACAGGGCAUCUGCAGAGCUGCAGUUGACUUGGACCACAGUUCUGAAGCCUGUGAAGUCUGAGAGCUUCACAUGGCAGCUGGUGAGGGACCUCCCGCUGCAUCUCAAAGGCAAAGGCAGGCAGGCAGGCAGGCACUGGGAAAAAGAGCCAGAGAGCCAGAGAGAUCCUUUAGGACCAAGCCACUCAUACAACAAAUAACCCAGUCACCUCCAAAAGGCCUCACCCUAAACACUGGGGCUUUGAAGUCACAUGAAUUCCAGGGGACACAGCCAAACCCUAGCCCAGGUUCAUCCAGACACCCCUCCCCCUACACGGUCUUCAGGUGCUUCAACCAUAAUUCUUGGGUUUUUAUUUGUAUCCCCUUAUGAGAACUUUACAGUCUAGAGAAGCUGUACCUUAUCGCCCUGGUGAUUCUGAUGUGUGGAGAUGACCCUGGCUGUGGGUCCUCCCUUAAGGAGCCAAUACACAUCUUGGUCUCAGCCUUUUCUAAGUA